GUCGUUUUUUUGCAAUUGAAAGGCAAUGUCGUUCACGGACUCGUUCUGGGGAACGAGUCUCAAUGGCUCUGCCGUCCUGAUGCACAACCUCAAGGAAACAUCAAACGUCCUGAAGGAGCUCUCUGACUUUGUGCAGCAAAGACAAGCUUUGGAAGAUCAAUAUGCCAAAACCUUGACCCGAUUGGCCAAGGGACUCUCACCAUCGGAGGAAGUUGGAUCGGUCAAAACUUGGUGGGAGAGCUUGAUUGGCUCCUCGCUUGGAGUCGCGGAAACACACGCCAAGUUGGCUGUCGAGCUCAACGACGCUCUGAAGACAAUCAAAGACGUCGCAGCCAAUCAGUCCAAGGUAAUAAAGGACAUGCAAGCUCUGGACAUUCACACCCAGGUGGAGAACUUUCAGGCGUCGCACUCGACGGUGACCAAGACUAAGGCGGCAUACUGGAAGCUCUCUCAAGAACUCUCCAAGAGCAAGGAUGUCAAAAAGCACAAAAGCAAGCAGCAACAGGCCGAGGCCGAGUACAAGACUGCCACUGUCAAGUACAGCGAAGAGUUGGCACGUUACGAGGCAUCCAUGAGCAAAGUUUUAACCAAAUUUGAAGCUCGAGAAAAAGACUACCUGCAAGCGUCGCAACAAGUCUUUGCACAGAUCUCCGUCAAGGAACGAUCCCAUGCCGAUCGCUUGAAAAAGGUCAUUGAGGACAAAACACAGCCCAUUACGACUGCCACCCCCGAGCAGCUCCUCGCUGAAUUUGUGGCGUCCCGCAAGACGGGCACGGAGCAUCCUGAUCUGCUGCCUUUUGAGCUUUACGCGGCAGGAGGCGAAUCGCUCAUGGAUGCUGCUAUUCCGGAUCUUGGAGGCGUCGACUGGUCCAGCGCCCGACGAGCUUCUGUCAGCUCCAAUGCGGCAUCCAUUCAUAGCACCGCAUCGAGUACCGCAUCGGGCGCCACAGCCGCAGACGAGGGAGCUGAAGAGAAGCGCAGACAUCACACAUUCUCAUCGUUCACUUUGCGCAAGAAGAAGCAUCCUCGCCCAGACCUGAAAGGUGAUGACCCGAAUGCCACCGCACCUGGAGGAGCGCCGCCCGCAACCGAUGACGAUGGGUACAGCGAUGCCCCCGACCUGGCUGCAGAGUAUCAAGCGACUUGGGCAACCAAGCGUGAUUCCGAUGACGAGGACGAUGGCACAGUCAAGCCCAAGUUCAUGGUCAAGAUUUCCAACAGCCGCUCCAACACGGACAUUGCCUCAAGCAGCAGCUCGAGCGCACUCCCGUCGCCUUUGGGUGUUUUGCCCCCGCCCACUCUCCUCGCCGGGCCGCCUGGCGACGAGCCACGCGCUCGCACAUCAUCGCGUACUCGCCCGCGCUCCGCCCUCCAUGACAUUGAUUCAGAAACGUCGUCGGUCAGCUCGUACAGCAUGGCGUCCGCAGUCAGCGGGCCAAUCCCUUCUGCGUCGCCUUCGGCGAUGAUCACGCCUCCACCGUCGUCGCGUCCGCUCCCAGGACUUUCGGAGACUUCAUUUGACUCUGACCAGCCCGCGACGACCCAACGCCCGUCCUUGCCGCCACGACCGCCUCGGCCGGCGGCUGUUGUGGAAGCCGAGCUCACUCGUCAGCGCACCUCGUCGUCGAGCAGCUUGAACGCGGCUCUCGCUUCCUCUGUCUCUUCUACUGGCACACCACCAUCAUCCACCCCUGUGGUAUCGCCACCCAAGGCCGUUUCGCCAGCGACGGCUAUGGUGACAACCGCGGCCGCUGCCUCCGCAGCCUCCAACAUUGCGCCCUCGCCCUUGCUGCCUCCCCCGUCGUCCUCGGGCUCAUCGCGACGAGGUCGGCCGACCUCCGUGGCGUCUGCUCCUGGUACCGGCCUCUUGAACGGCCCCUCCUUUGCCAUCGGCGGCUUGAACAGUGGAGCCAGUAGCACCACCUCGACACCGGGAUCCACCGCCCCGAUCCCUGCAGGUGGUAGCUUUGUGUUUGAUGCGCCUUCGCUUUCGUCCGUGACGGUAGCUUCGGCUGUUACGGAAACCGUGAACGCCAUGUUCAAAGGCAGCACGCUGGUCAAGUGUGUCGUUUCCGGUGAGAUCAUGUUCAACUUCCCCGUCGAUGCAGUCAAGGUGCUCACGGCCGAUCCUGGCGUGCCAUUCUUCUUCCAACUCGAUGGUGUCCCAAGCAACGGGUUUGAUCGAUUCCAGGCAAACAGCUCGCUGUUGGACGCCGGUGCUAGCUCGAUUCUCGAUCAAAAGUACGCAUUCAACGUCCCUGCCCUGGUCGCAUACAUUAAAUCCCAUGCCGUUGAUGGCUUUGCUCGCGUCGAAGUCUUCAAAUACCAGGUUGUCCUUGAAUCUGUUGCGGCGGUCCCGCUGCGCGUCGCGGUUGCCCACUUUGGCGACGCCUCCAGCAGCUCGGUCUCUGUGUUUUAUCAAUGCUCGUCCCUGUUGGCGCAUCCUCUGCAAGAUGUCAGCGUCUUGGUGGUCGUGGACGGCGACUGUGCAGAGUGUGAUUCAACCCCUGCUGGCCAAUGGACUGCGGAGAGUCGUCGCCUUCUGUGGCAGCUUCCCUCCAUUGCAUCGGGCAAGGGCAAGCUCGACGCCCACUUCCCUGUGGGCGAUUCUUGCCGCCCAGUGACGUGUGCCGUCAAAUUCCGCUCGGAGCGGUCGUCGGUGACCGACCUCAACCCCAAGUUUGUGUUUGGCAGUGCUGACAAGACUCCUGCCGCUACCAUCGAGAUGGGCCGGAUUGUGAAGCGAUUUGCAACUGGCAAGUACAUGGCCGAGCUUGAUGCCUAACAGCACAGUCGCAAGAGGUUGUUCGGUGGUUGCUGGUCGUUCGUUUCGUUUUUUGGUUUGCUGUUGUGUCUUGUGUUUGUCUCUCUCCUUUUUUUUUUUUUUCUUCUUCUUCUUCUUCUUCUUUUUCGUCUUUUGCAUUGCCAAUGCCUGUAUGCUGUCGUCUAUUCUCCAACAAUACUGUAUUCAUUCUCCA